CUGUUGUUCAUGUUCAGAUGCAGGAGGUGAUGUGAUCUGUAGGACAGGGAUAUUUUUUUUUAUCGCUUCAAGGGUGUUAGUACGCGUCUAAUGUUGUGCUAUCAGUGUUAGCUUUAUUUACAUACAUGAUCACGUUUACAGCUUCAGAAUUAUUAGUAAAUAUCACAAAUACUGUAUCGACAUUAUAUGUGUCACCUGGAGAAAGAAGAUCAUGGCAGAUGACAAGGAUGUCCUCCGAGAUGUUUGGUUUGGAAGAAUACCAGCCUGUUUUACAAUGUCUCCAGAGGAGAGCACGGAGAGAGAAGCAGAACCAUACUAUCUCCUCCUCCCGCGGGUCAGCUACCUGACGCUAGUCACUGAUAAAGUCAAGAAACAUUUUCUCAAAGUCAUAAAGGCAGAAGAUGUGGAGGAGAUGUGGUUUGAAUAUGAAGGAACGCCACUCAAAUGGCACUACCCAAUUGGUGUGUUGUUUGACCUCCAUGCUUCAAACACAGCUCUCCCCUGGAAUGUCACCGUGCACUUCAAGAACUUCCCAGAUCAAGAUUUACUUCACUGUCCGUCAAACUCUGUGAUAGAAGCACAUUUCAUGUCGUGUAUUAAAGAAGCAGAUGCACUUAAACACAAGAGUCAGGUCAUAAACGAUAUGCAGAAGAAAGAUCAUAAGCAGCUGUGGAUGGGCCUGCAAAACGAUAAGUUUGACCAGUUCUGGGCCAUGAAUCGUAAACUCAUGGAGUAUCCCACAGAAGAGGGAGGCUUCCGCUAUAUUCCCUUUAGAAUAUAUCAGACAAUGAGUGACAGACCAUUCAUCCAGAAGCUUUUCCGCCCUGUUUCUUCUGAGGGCCACCCGCUCACACUGGGAGACCUGCUGAAGGAGCUGUUUCCUGCUGCCAUAUGUGUGGAGGACGAGCCAAAGAAAUACCAGGUCAUGAUUCACGGCAUUGAACCCCUGCUCGAGACGCCCAUCCAGUGGUUAAGUGAACACUUGAGCCACCCAGACAACUUCCUCCACAUCAGCAUCAUCCAAGCACCUACUGACUAAUCUCAGAAGAUCCUUUGGAUUGGUGAUGGAGAAUUCCGGAUGAAAGAUCUGCAGAGACGUUCUGUUGGCACUCCCUUCCUCCCUGUUCUCUCAUUCUCAUCCUGAUGUGGCCUUAUCGAGUGGAGGUCAUCCAACAACACAGUCCUGUGCUCUUCAUGUGAAGGAAUCACUUUUACAUUUACUCUGUAGAUUUGGAGCGCUCCGAUGGGCGUCCUGUGUACUUGCUGCCUUGAAAUUCUCACAUACAUACAUUUGCACAAGCUUGAUGUGAUUGUAGACCCACAUUAACUCCUUCACACGCCCGUUCCCACCCUCUAAUUAGUGAGUAACAUAUGCUUAGACUCUCAGAUCUCUGUUAAUUAUUAGUAGGAAUCUUUUUUGGUGUUUAAUGAGCCUACUAAAUGGUUGUACGUACUCGUUGACUGCCAUGGGGCUUGAUUAUUAACACGGUUUAUGGAGGCAGUCAGGGGGCAGAUGAGGUCAUAAAUCAGGAAAGAGGAUGACUUUGGGAUUUUAGGGAUGUGUAUCGGUAACAUCAUAUAGACACACGAUGUAUUUGAUGUGUCAGAGUGUCUGGUUUUGGCUUUCUUGUAGGGGAUCACAGAGCAUUAUGAUGGGACUAGCUGAUUACUCAUAGUCCCAGUCAAACAUGUUUGUGUGAUAGUGGUAUAGAGCACAAAUGAAAGCCAUCGUUUCCAGACACCAUUAAGGGUAAUGGAUUUCACUGUUUCUGAUAUAUAUAUAUAUAUAUAUAUAUAUAUAUAUAUAUAUAUAUUUUUUUUUUCCAUCUAUUUAGAGAGUCACAGUUUUCGUUCAUUUAGAGCCAAAACUUGAUCUUUGAAAUGGAUGUUCAUUGCAUAGUCAGUCCGACGCCAUACAAACAUCACAUAUCACCUUACAGUAUUUUUUAUUUUUUUUAUAUUUACGACCUGUAGGCAGAUGGUCUGUCUGUGUUUAGUGUGUUUGGAGGGGAUGUGGGGGCUGAACAUCAGUGCUGCAGACGAAACGCAGCUGAGAGUGAUUAUUCGUUUAGAGGAAUCAGUGAGUGUUUUGCCCCAGAACUGAGACAGCGGGGAAAACCGCAGGGCUUACGCCACCACCAGGACACUUCUCGGCAGACUGUUCCUCAAACAAUGCUGUUUGUGUACAAACUCUCAGAUGUUUAUAUCGUUCGCUAUAUGACUCUGAACAACUUACAGAAAUAAAGAUCCUGCAGAAACUGGUCACUCCUAAUAACACGGUUAAAUGAAUAAUAAUGUGUUCAAAUGUGCAUUUUCUUGCUUCUUUUCAUGCAGUGAUUACUUUUCUGUGUUUGCUUGAAUGACUUAAAAUGCAUUUAAUUAAAACACUAUUUUAUAGCUA